CGCACUGACGGGAAACCAGACAUCGCUGAGGUGGCAGAUAUGGCGGCGUACAGAACAAUUUUUGCCGGCUUGUUUUUAGCUUUAAUUCCGGCCAUUUGUUUGGCAAACAAGAAAACAUUGGUGUUACUUGAUAAUUGGUCACUCCGAGAAACACAUUCAAUAUUUUUUAGAUCGCUCCGUGAUAAAGGCUAUGAGUUGACCUUCAAGACAGCAGAUGACGCAGGAUUAUCACUUUCCAAAUACGGAGAAUUUCUGUACUCUAACCUCGUUAUAUUUGCACCAUCUGUUGAAGAGUUUGGUGGUAAUGUAGAUGUGGCUGCAAUCACCAACUUUAUCGAUAAUGGAGGCAACGUAAUGGUGGCAGCUAGUUCUGCUGUUGGUGACCCUCUGAGAGAACUUGCGACAGAAUGUGGGCUCGAGUUUGAUGAUGAAAAGACAGCAGUGAUAGACCAUCUCAACUUUGAUGUUUCUGACGAAGGAAAGCAUACGACAAUCGUAGCAGAUGCUGACUACCUCCUGGAUGUUCCAAUUAUUGUCGGCAAGAAAUCCCCAUCUCCAUAUCUUUUCAGAGGUGUCGGCAUGGUUGCGGACCCAGAGAAUCCCCUUGUGCUAUCGCUGCUUCAUGCCAGCUCGACAUCAUACAGUUACAAGCCGGACGAACCUGUGGAGGACUACCCACUAGCUGUUGGUACAAACACCCUUCUUGUGGCAGCACUUCAGGCACGCAACAAUGCCCGAGUCGUGUUUGUUGGUUCCAUUGAUUUCUUCAGUGACGAAUUCUUCUCUUCCUCAGUGCAGAAGGCCAAUGGAGGAAAAAGGUACGAGAAAGCUGGCAACCAAGAUCUGGCAAUGAACCUGGCUGACUGGGUGUUCAAAUCUCGUGGCGUCCUCAGAGUUGGCGAUGUCAAACAUCACAAACAGGGGGAGAAAGAACCCCCACAGGCUUACACUAUCUAUGACAUGGUGGAUUACUCUAUUGAGAUAGAGGAGUUCCGUGAUGGUAAAUGGCAAUCAUUUAAUGGCAAGGAUGUACAGUUAGAGUUUGUCAGAAUUGAUCCAUUUGUCAGAACUACACUCAGCAAUAAAAAUGGUGUAUUCAAGACAACGUUCAAGCUGCCUGAUGUAUAUGGUGUAUACCAGUUUAGAGUGGAUUACAACAGAAUGGGCUACACGCAUCUCUUCAGUACAACACAGGUGUCAGUACGUCCUCUGCAGCACACGCAGUAUGAGCGAUUCAUUCCUACAGCCUACCCAUACUAUGUUAGUGCCUUCUCAAUGAUGGCGGGAGUGUGUAUAUUCAGUUUAGUGUUCCUACAUUUCAAAGAUGAACCAAAGGAGAAGAAAGACUAAUGAUGCUCAGUUCUAGUUUAAUAAAUUUUUAGGACUUUAAUAAAAAUGAUAUUUGUUUUCAUACUUUUUCUACAACUUAAGUACCGGUAUAUAAAAUUUUGAUACAAAGAGUAGCUGUAUAGAUAAAAAGAGUAAAUUUUGCAUCUUCAUCAGAACAUGUUCAGAAAGGAAUUGUGUGAGACCAAUUUACAUGUGAAAAAUUUAUAUACAUGUUGCGCUUUAACAUCCUGUCAUGAGAAAUUAAAAAUUGAACUUA